AGGUAGAAGAAGAAGAAGAAGAAGAAGAAGAAGAAGAAGAGAGAGAGAGAGAGUGAAAUAAAAAAGGUAAACAGCAGACUAGUCAUCAUAUCAAGAGGUUUUCUUCUCAGAGAAGCAGCAAAAAGAGAGGGAUAGAGACCUCCAUCAUCUCAAAUGGAAACUUUGAUCAAAUCAUCCUAUCCAUGAAGAAGAAGGAGGAUCAUCAAAAGUAAGCAACAGCAACAGCAAGCAGCAGCAUCACUGCAGCAGUAGAACAAGAAUAAGAGUAGAGCCACAGAGAGAGACAUCUGAUGUAUGUCUUUCUCAUGAAAAAUAGGAGUGGACCCUCUCUGUGUCCCCCUCUCCCUGCUUCAUCUUCCUCCCUUUAUAGUUUGACCGGCGAAAGCUCUCAUCUUUUGGUCCCUCUGCUGCUUCUCUCAACUGGGUCUUUCCUCCGAUCUUAAGCUCAUUUCACCGGAGUUGGGGAGGCAGAGAAGAGAUGAAAACGACGGCGUGAAGAGACAGAGAAGAGAGAAAGAUAGAGAAGAUAGAGUUGUUCAGCAUGGCGAGCCACAGGAUGGGAGAGACCGGUCUUUCGGACACCGGACCGUCUGCCCACCAUGUCCCAUACUCGCCUCUGCAUGGCAUCAGCCAUCCCAACAAUUUCAUCAAUCAAGAGGGGCCUGCUUUCGAUUUCGGGGAGCUGGAAGAAGCGAUCGUGCUGCAAGGGCUGAAGAUCAGAAAUGAUGAUCAAGCCAAAUCACCACCUUUAUUUGCAGCAGCAGCAGGGCCAGGCAGGGCUCCCCCUGCAGCAACACUGGACAUGUUCCCUUCCUGGCCAUUGAGAUUCCACCAAAAUCCCAGAGGGAACUCGAAGUCGGGCGGAGAGAGCACCGACUCAGGGUCGGCAGUGAACACCACGAUCUCCGGCAAGACCGAAGCACCCGACUCCCCCGUCAGCAGGAAGGUAUCGUCAUCGGCCGAUCACCACUGGGCCAUCUCGAGUCAGAUGGCAAACGAUACUUCCGCGCCCUCCCAGAAUCCGUCUGCUCCUAAGCCGUCACACGACAAGAGGAGGGCCGGAUCGAGCUCGGAUAAACAGCUCGACGCUAAGACACUGAGACGUCUGGCACAAAACAGAGAAGCCGCAAGAAAAAGCCGACUGAGGAAAAAGGCGUAUGUGCAGCAGCUCGAAUCGAGCAGAAUCAAGCUUAGUCAGUUGGAGCAAGACCUUCAAAGGGCCCGCUCUCAGGGCUUGUUCUUAGGUGGGUGCGGCGGUGCAGCAGGAAAUAUAAGCUCUGGAGCUGCAAUCUUCGACAUGGAAUAUGCUAGAUGGUUAGAGGACGAUCACCGGCACAUGUCGGAGCUCAGGACGGGUCUGCAGGCACAUCUUUCGGAUGGCGACCUUAGGGUGAUAGUGGAUGGAUGUAUCUCCCACUACGACGAGAUAUUCAGGCUCAAGGGGUCAGCUGCAAAAUCUGAUGUUUUCCACCUCAUCACCGGGAUGUGGACCACUCCCGCCGAGCGCUGUUUCCUGUGGAUGGGCGGCUUUCGACCAUCUGAGCUGAUCAAGAUGUUAAUCACGCAAUUGGAUCCGUUGACGGAGCAGCAACUGAUGGGGAUCUACAGCCUGCAGCAGUCAUCGCAGCAGGCAGAGGAGGCUCUAUCGCAGGGGCUAGAACAGCUCCAGCAGUCACUGGUCGAUACUGUAGCCGGUGGGUCAAUCAUCGAUGGCAUGCAACAGAUGGCCAUUGCCCUGGGCAAGCUUGCCAAUCUCGAAGGCUUCGUGCGACAGGCUGAUAAUUUGAGGCAACAGACGCUUCACCAGUUGCGUAGGAUACUAACAGUGAGACAGGCGGCUAGGUGCUUUCUAGUGAUCGGAGAAUACUACGGACGGCUGAGGGCGUUAAGUUCUCUAUGGGGAUCUCGUCCACGCGAGACCAUGAUGAAUGAUGACAACUCAUGCCAGACGACCGAUCUACAAAUGGUUCAGCAUGCGCAAAAUCACUUCUCUAACUUCUGAUUACGAUGGUGCAAGUUGGAGACCCCAAGUUUGAUGAGAUUGCUCGAGACACAUCAUCGCAUCAGUUGCUAGAUCUAGGCUUUUUUUUUUUGUUUCUCCCUCUUUUUAAUGGUGGGCUUCUCUUCAAGCAACUUCGUAGGAGAUUAGGGCUUUUCUCUCCUUUUCCUUAUCCUCUCAAUUAACAUGAUGCUACUAUGCUCCUCUAAAUGACCUUUUGGGUCAUUAAUUAUGUUAUCUUUGUAAAUGUACAUCAAUUCUAUUAUGCAUGAGGAAGCUUCUACUUGUUCAAAAGAAAGAAAGAGAGAAAGGACAAAUGAAAAGGUAUGAGCUUUACAAUGAAA